GGACAAAGUUCGCGGGGAACCAUGGACUCUGGAGAAAGAGAAAGUUUACCAGCUCAAGAAGAUGUGGACUUUCUUAUCACUCCAACACAGCAAGCUUUAGCAUCAUGCACUGGUGCGGUGGUAACCUCACUAUUAGUAACACCCUUGGAUGUAGUAAAAAUAAGGCUUCAGGCUCAACAGAAAAACACUCCAAGAUGCUUUUUAUACUGUAACGGUUUGAUGGAUCAUUUUUGUGGUUGCAAACCGCAAGAUUUACAGAGACAGUGGUAUGCCAGGCCAGGACAUUUCUCUGGAACGAUGGAUGCAUUUUAUAAAAUAACCAAAACAGAGGGUAUAACAUCUUUGUGGAGUGGUUUAAGUCCGACCCUCGUUUUAGCCAUCCCUGCGACAAUAAUCUAUUUUGUGGCUUAUGAACAAUUUAGGUUGAAGUUGAAACAUAAAUAUAAUGCUCACAAUGCAGGACUCGCGGAACAACCUUUUUGGAUUCCCCUUAUUUCUGGUGGAACAGCUAGAAUUUUUUCAGUCACUCUCGUGAGCCCUCUAGAGUUAAUAAGGACUAAAAUGCAGUCACAAAAAUUAAGUUAUUAUGAAAUCGGACGAGCAUUAAAAAUGCUGAUCAAGCAGGAUGGCGUGGGUGCGUUAUGGAUGGGGGUGAUUCCCACUUUAUGCAGGGAUGUUCCGUUUUCUGCCAUAUACUGGACUAAUUACGAGACUUUCAAAAAACUUUUUUGGACGUCUAAUCAGCCGUCUUUCUCUAAAAGCUUCAUUUGUGGCGGACUUGCUGGAAUGGUCGCCGCGACGAUAACUACCCCUUUCGAUGUGAUCAAGACGCACCAGCAGAUCCAAUUGGGGGAAAAAACUAUAUAUGGUGGUAAAUCUAAAACAAUGGUAGGUUCCUUUUACGACACAUUCCUUGACAUACGCAGAUCUCACGGCUUCAGAGGCUUGUUCGCCGGGCUCUUUCCACGGGUGGUCAAGGUGGCCCCUUCCUGCGCAAUCAUGAUAUCAUCCUUUGAGUACGGGAAAAUUUUCUUCAACAGGUUAGCCAAAGAAAAUCAAGUUCCUAACGUCAGUUCUCAAAAAAAAUUGGUGAAUAAGAUUGUAUCUGAAAGUUCGCUACGAUCCCUCAAUUGAAAUGGUUUUAGUCUUGUAGAUAGUUUAGUUCUACUGGGUUGUUCUGGUGGUGGAAGAAAAAAAAUUGCCAUGAUUCGAGCAAUGUUAAUAACGUGUCUUAUUUUUAGAAGGUGAUGAGCGUUGUUGAAAUUCAGGAUGUAACUCGAUAUUUCGAUCAGAAGAAACAGUAUAAACCUAACGAGAGUAUUGAGGAUCAAAGAUGUAUAUAUAUUUAUAAAAAUUUUUAUUUUCACACUUGUAUAUAUAUAUCGUUAAGUUCUUUCAGAAUAAAAUAGGAAGAUCGUAGUUUUGAUUCGCUACAAUUAUUGCCAAAGGUAAUCGAUGAAAAUAAUCUAUUGAGAACGUGGAAAAGAAUUGAUUUUUUUCAUCUUACAAUAUUGUAAUGAUAUAAUUUACUGUUGCUAAACUAUGUACAUAUAAAUGCAACGUGAAAUCUUAAAACUUAGUAAAAAAAAAACACAACCUAAGCGUAUCUCAAGUGAUUCAACAUGUUUGUACUGAAAAGCACUCGAAAUCGAAUAAAAUACUUUUAGAUCUUU